GCGCGCCUGGCCUGCAGACUGGAACCCGAGGACGUCACCGCGGAGCAGGGUGAUCCCUAUUGGCUGAUUCAGGCAGGGUUCCAUUGUGGACGUCACAAUGCGGAAGUUGGACAAUGAGCUUCAGAUUGAAACUUCCUCCUCUGGGCAACAUCUGAUAUUAGAAGGGGAGGAUUUCCAGACUGAAAUCUCAAACCAAACGUCACAUCAACAUUUGACAGAGUUAGUCAAUUCAUCGGGACCUGAAACUAGGAGGAGAACUGUUUGUUCUGUCUGCUUCAGAAGAUUUUAAACAUCAGUGUGACUGGAAAAGCACCAAGACACACACUGAGUUCCAAUGUUCCAGUGCACUGACUGUGGAAAAAGUUUUAACCAGUUUCACAGACUAAAAAAACAUCAGACCAUUCACAGCGCGAAUGGUCUGUACACGUGCUCUUGUUUGUGGAUGAGUCUUCAAACUGGAGAGAGGCACGAAGACACCCACACAAUGGAGAAACCAUGGAAAUGUGGGGACUGUGGGAAGGGAUUCCGCUCCCCUUCUGUACUUGAAACUCAUCGACGCAGUCACACCGGGGAGAGGCCGUUCACCUGCUCUGUGUGUGGGAAGGGAUUCACUCUCUCAGGCAACCUGCUGACGCACCAGCGAGUUCACACCGGGGAGAGACCGUACAUCUGCUCUGAGUGUGGCAAGGGAUUCAGUGAUUCUGCCGCCCUGCAGAAACACCGGCGAGUUCACACCGGGGAGAGGCCAUUCACCUGCUCUGUGUGUGGGAAGGGAUUCACUCAGUCAGCUAACCUGGUGACUCACCUGCGAGUUCACACUGGGGAGAGGCCAUUCAACUGCUCUGAGUGUGGGAAAGGAUUCACACAUUCAUCUAGCCUGCUUAGACACCAGCGAAUUCACACCGGAGAGAGGCCAUACUCCUGCUCCGAUUGUGGGAAAGAAUUCACUCAGUUCUCCACGCUGCUGAGACACCAGCAAGUUCACACUGGAGAGAGACCAUUCACCUGCUCUGACUGUGGGAAGGGAUUCAUUCAUUCUUCGGCCCUGCAGAUACACCAGCGACUUCACACUGGGGAGAGGCCGUUCUCCUGCUCUGAGUGUGGGACAGGAUUCACUCAGUUAUCCUGCCUGCUGAGACACCAGCGAGUUCAUACCGGUGAGAGGCCAUUCACCUGCUCUGACUGUGGGAAGGGAUUCAUUCAUUCAUCUGCCCUGCGGACACACCAGCGAGUUCACACUGGGGAGAGGCCGUUCACCUGCCCUGACUGUGGGAAGGGAUUCACUCAGUUAUCCAAUCUGCAGACGCACCAACGAGUUCACACUGGGGAGAGGCCUUUCACCUGCUCCGACUGUGGGAAGGGAUUCAGUAAUUCAUCCAACCUGCUGACUCACCAGCGAAUUCACAACGGGGAGAAGCCGUUCAUCUGCUGUGUCUGUGGAAAGGGAUUCAGACAUUCAUCCACCCUGCUGAAACACCAGUGCGUUCAUGCUGGAGAGAGGCCAUUCACAUCUUCUGCUUCUGGGAAGGGAUUCACUGAGUCAUGCAACCUGCUGAGACACCAGCGGUUGGCGAUGCACAAGGACGCUCGCACCAUGGAGAAACCAUGGAAAUGUGAGGACUGUGCAAAGGCCUUCACUUGCCCAUCGAAGCUGGAAACUCAUCGACGCAGUCACACCGGGGAGAGGCCAUUCACCUGCUCUGAAUGUGGGAAGGGAUUCAGUGAUUCAUCCACCCUGCGGAAUCACCAGCGAAUUCACAUCAGGGAGAGGCCGUUCUCCUGCUCGGAGUGUGGGAAGGGAUUCAGUGAUUCACCUGCGCUUCUGGUACACCAGCGGCUUCACACUGGGGAGAGACCGUUCACUUGCUCCAUGUGCGGCAAGGGGUUCACACGGUCAUCUGCCCUGCGGAAUCACCAGCGAAUUCACACUGGUGAGGGGUUGUUCACCUGCUCCGAAUGUGGGAAGGGAUUCACUCAGUCAUCCCUCCUGCUGACGCACCAACAUGUUCACACUGGGGAGAGGCCAUUCACCUGCUCUGAGUGUGGGAAGGGAUUCACUCAGUCAUCCAACUUGUUGAGGCACCGCCGCAUUCACACUGGGGAGAGGCCCUUCACCUGCUCUGUGUGCGGGAAGGGAUUCAGACAGUCAUCCAGUCUCCUGGGACACCAGGUCACUCACAAUAAGAAACCUGUUCAAUGCUCUGACUGUGGGAGCUGCUUUAAAAACUCAGCCGACCUGAUGACCCACCAGUGCAUUCACACGGAGGAGAGACCCUUCAGCUGCUCUCACUGUGCAAAGAGGUUUAGAACGUCAUCCGACCUACUGAGACAUCAGCGAGUUCACACCGAGGAGAGACCCUUCAGCUGCUCUUGCUGUGCAAAGAGGUUUAGAACGUCAUCCGACUUACUGAGACAUCAGCGAGUUCACACCGAGGAGAGACGCUUCAGCUGCUCUCGCUGUACCAAGAGGUUUAGAACAUCGUCCGACCUACUGAGACAUCAGCGAGUUCACACUGGGGAGAGACCCUUCAGCUGCUCUCGCUGUGCAAAAAGGUUUAGAAUGUCAUCCGACGUACUGAGGCAUCAGCGGAUUCACACCGGGGAGAAGCCGUUCACCUGCUCCGUGUGUGGGAAGGGAUUCGCUCAGUCAUCCCACCUGCAGACGCACCAGCGAGUUCACAGCGGAGAGAGACCAUUCACCACCUCCGUGUGUGGGAAAAGAUUCCCUUGUUCAUCCAAGAUGCUGAGACACCAUGGCAGUCACACCGAUUAGAGACCUUUUAGAUGCUCUGACUGUGGAUGUUAAUUGUAUCAAUUGAGGUUAAGUAUAUAUAGGUGAAAGGCAUUGAUUGGAUAGUUAUAAUGAUCACAUAUAAUGAGACACUUCCUGAUAUACCAUGGCAUCGGAGGUAUAUAUCUGUAAUGUUUCACUCUGUGAAUAAAUAUAUACUAAAUGAAGAUUGACUCCACCCUAUGCCUGUCAGGAUUAUAACAUGGUAACACAGAAUGCUUGCCUAAUGGUGAAGGUUUGAAAUUCAAGGAAAAUAAGAUUUCAGACAGAGACUGACAAUCCUAGUGGCCUUUGCGAGAAAUGGCUAAAAGCAAAUGGGAAGUGUCAGGGUCUGAUAACCCACCGAUGUUCUUGGAGUCUGAACCAUAUGAACAGUGGGAGAAUGAAGUGGAUAUGUGGACAAGGGUUACGUCCCUCCCCCAAAGAGGAAACAAGGUCUGGCCUUGGCAUUGUCACUUCCUAACAAAAGUAAAAUCAGAAGCAAAGUAUUUAUUGAGCUGGAUGCCUGUCACUUGGCUACGGAUGAAGGUUUGGAUCUUCUAUUCUAGUUCAUUGAUGAGAUUUACAAGAAAGACGAUCUCUUGGAUGCCUAUGAAACAUGGUCAGACUUUGACAGGUCUCAAAUGAGGGUGAAAGCAUCUCUAACAGAUCUGGAUAUCACAACAAAAGACAGGAUUGGAACAGCACUAAUCGGUGAAUGAACCCCAGGAAUGACCAGGGAACAAUUAACAGGUGUUUCAGGCCUGACUCAAAAAGUCAUGAUGUGAUGAACUGCCCAAAGUGGAAAAUCAGGGUCUUCGGAGUGACACAUGACACACAGAAUUCUGAGGCUGAAGAUGAUGAUGAUGAUCACUCUGAAGGAACUGUGCUCGUCACAUGGAGCUUUGAUGCAGUGAUGAGUGUUAGUUACAGACUCAUUCAACUGUGCUGUGCUAGAUAGUUUCUGUACCUCGACAGUAUGUGGAUCAGAUUGGUGAAGAUGUUACCCAGGUUCAUCUCAUGGUAAAGAUGGAUGCAAGGCUAAGGAGUAUGACAGUUCGACUUGUUUAGGUUUGGACAAUGUCACACAUUGAAGUCACUAAAGAGAGUGGUGAUUCCAUACAAAAUAGCUGGAGUCAGCCACUUUAUCAGGACUGGUGUAGUCUCUGGUGAGAUAUCCUAACUGUUGAGUAAACCUUCCAUGAAAAAGGCACAAAUGCAACUGUUGUUUUUGGAAAGUCAGUGGAUCUGCAGAUUACUCAAUCAGGACAUUAUCGUAUCCCCUUAACAAUACCUGAUGUUUAUAAUCAGUGUUUGGGAAGGAUUAAUGGCAUCAGGUGAUGAGAAUCAGA